AUGCAUCUCAUCAAUAGCUAUCGCACACUCCUCACGCGAACCUAUGUCGACGAUAAAGAUAACCUACGAUGGUGCCCGGCACCAAACUGCGAGUAUGCGGUCGACUGCGCAGUGAAAACCCGCGACCUUCGACGCAUAGUCCCAACCGUCCGGUGCAUAUGUAAACAUGAAUUCUGUUUCGGCUGCUCGGUCGCCGAUCAUCAGCCCACCCCGUGUACACUGGUCAAGAUGUGGCUCCAAAAAUGCGAGGACGACUCCGAGACUGCCAACUGGAUAUCAGCCAACACCAAAGAGUGCCCCAGAUGCGUAUCUACGAUUGAAAAGAAUGGCGGUUGCAAUCAUAUGACCUGCCGUAAGUGCAAGCACGAGUUCUGCUGGAUGUGCAUGGGUCUCUGGUCUGAACAUGGCACCAGUUGGUACAACUGCAACCGCUUCGAAGAAAAGUCUGGGCAUGAUGCCCGCAGUGCCCAGGCUAAGUCGCGUGCGUCUUUGGAGCGAUAUCUUCAUUACUACAACCGCUAUGCGAACCACGAGCAAUCGGCAAAGCUGGAUAAGGACCUCUACCUCAAGACCGAGAAGAAGAUGACUAGCCUGCAAUCACAAUCCGGACUAUCCUGGAUCGAGGUUCAGUUCCUCGACACAGCAUCCCAAGCACUGCAGCAGUGCCGUCAGACCUUGAAGUGGACAUACGCCUUUGCGUUUUACCUCGCGCGAAAUAACAUCGCGACAAUCUUUGAGGAUAAUCAGGCGGACCUGGAGAUGGCCGUGGAGGGUCUCAGUGAGAUGUUCGAGAAACCCGUUUCGGAACUCGCUGAACUGAAGGUGGAUAUUCUGGAUAAAACCGCCUAUUGCAAUAAGCGCCGGGUCAUCCUAUUGAGCGACACUGCAGAGAAUUUGAAGAAUGGUAAGUCAUAUAUACGUCGUUGUAUCUCUUCACGAUCAUGGAAGAACUUUGUGCUAAUAUUCCCCAGGAGAAUGGUCGUUCAAUGUCGAGUGGUAGCGAUACCUCCCCAGUCCUGA